AGCCUCCUUUGUCUGAAAAGUCUGGCAUUUCAGUGCUUUUCCUUAAGGGGGGUCCUCAUUUGUAACCAGCUUUGCCAUCAACGGAAAUCAAUCUGAAUGUCCUAUUGUGCAUUUUUUUCCUUUCUUCACAGUUCGAAAUGGCCUUUGCCAAGUUUUCGAGCUGAACCUGAAAGACCCUCUCUCAUUUUCCGCUCCCUGCCUCCAGCUCCAUUGAAUCAUAGCAGAGAUUUCUCAGCAGAAGGGCUGCAGUGUGGGGUUGGGAGGAACUCGACCUACUCCGCUAACCCAGUGGCCUGAGCCAAUCACAAAGAGGAUUGGAACCUCGCUGAGCGCCCCCUUCCCACCCCCUCCACUGGCAACACCCUCCUGUAAAGACGGACUGUUUGCAAUUCAAAUCAUUGGCUUUCUGCCCGCCUCCUUUCUAAAUAAGAAGGCUAGAGCUGCUUCGAGGUGCAAAAGGGUCUUCUGAAUUGCAGUGGCCGUAAGAUCUGAGGAUUCUCGCCUCUGCCUCUUUAGCCUGAUUCUGAAGCUAAAGGGAUUAGGGCAAGGAUGGUGGAGGCUUUCUGUGCUACCUGGAAGCUGACAGACAGUCAGAACUUUGAUGAGUACAUGAAGGCUCUAGGUGUGGGCUUUGCCACUAGGCAGGUGGGAAAUGUGACUAAACCAACGGUGAUCAUCAGUCAGGAGGGGGACAAGGUAGUGAUCAGGACUCAAAGCACAUUCAAGAACACAGAGAUUAGUUUCCAUUUGGGAGAAGAAUUUGAUGAAACCACAGCAGAUGACAGAAACUGUAAGUCUGUUGUUAGCCUGGAUGGAGACAAACUUGUUCAUGUACAGAAGUGGGAUGGCAAAGAAACAAAUUUUGUAAGAGAGAUUAAAGAUGGCAAGAUGGUCAUGACUCUUACUUUUGGUGAUGUGGUUGCUGUUCGCCACUAUGAGAAGGCCUAGGAAGCUUCCUGAUCUGGGGACGGAGAAGCUCUACAAUGUUUCUGUUUACUCAAGUCUCAGUGCUACACGGCUAUUACAGCAUAGCUGAUCACUAAUUAGAAGGUUAUCCUUGGUGUGGAGGUGGAAAAUGUGAUUUAAAACCUUGUUUUAAAAACUGGUUACUACGUGCAAUCAAUACCAAUUUUGAUCUGCACAUUUAACACAUUUUAUAAUUCACAUUAAACUUUUCAGCUUUUUUAAAAAAAAAAUAUAGAAGCGGACACAUUCUAUACUUUCCACUGGAAUGCAAACCAAGUUGGAAUAAAAAUCUUAGACCCAUGA